UUUUACUGAUCUAAAACUCUCUAUAGUCAGCUGCAAGUCGCAUCUGUACAGCGCUAGAAUAAACCAGAACAUUGUGUUGUACCUAAACGCUUAUGCAGUAAGCCUUACGAUUACGGACAUAAUUAUUUUAUCGAUGCUUUUGUAACGGGUUUCAUUGUCAUUUAGGAGAUUUUGGUAUUGAAAUUAUUUGUAUUAUCUGACUGCAACUGAAGUAGUUUUUACCAAUAAUUCGUUGUGCAUGAUUGAAAAUGGCCACUCAACACUGGAGGAACUGGAAUUUAUAAUGAGGACUUAAGUUUAAUUUCAUCGCUCAGUUCAGUUUGAUGGAAAUGGAGUUUCCAGAAGAUUUCAACCAACUUGAACUUCUUGACACACACGGACACCUGAUCCCCCGGGGGGCCAGUAGUCAAUGGACUAGAAGCAAAGAUGAGGAGGAAGAGGAAGAGGUAGAUGAGGGGGAGCACAGUGAGGAGUGGUAUCUAGAAAAAGAGGACGCCCUUAAAGACAAACCACAGGAACUCCUUCUGUGGGCGGCGGAAAAAAAACGUCUAUCAACCAUUCUCAGAUUGUUAGCUUCUGAUCCUUCGCUGGUGCACUGCUGUGAUGAGGAUGGUUACACGCCUCUGCACCGGGCAGCGUACAGCGGCCACGUUGACGUCGUAUCUGCUUUAAUCACCAGUGGCUCCAAAGUUAAUGCUCGUACCAUCGAUGGCUGGACACCCCUGCACAGCGCCUGCCGCUGGAGCCACGUCACUGUGGCGAGUUGUCUCCUACAGCAUGGCGCCGAACUUAACGCCCAGACCAACGGUGGCCUCACACCACUACACCUGGCAGCUUCCUACACCAGCUCCUGUAAAAUAAACUCGGCAAACACUUUAGAGCUCCUGCUCUCAAAGCGACAGCUGAAGCCCGAGCUCCUGAGCAGCAGCGGGGAAACAGCCGGAGACGUGGCUCGGCGUAGUGGCCCUCAUUACUUCCUGUUUGAGAUGGUGGAAGACUGUUUGAAUGUGAUACGUCCUUAAUCUGACUACUCGAAAAGACAGUCAUAAUUUCCCAACAUUAAACGUCUGUUUUUGUUAGUUUUUACUCAACAUUUGUCCAAAGAUGUUCUGUUUACAGUGAAACUAGAAAAACAGAAAAUCUUCAGGAAUUUUUCGGUCAGUCCAUAAAUGAACUUUGUGCUAAAAUGUUUCAGCUGAUUUAUAAAUGUUGCACAUAAAGCGUUAACAUUAGUUGCCAUUCAUUUCUUGAAUUUGUACAUUAAAAAACAAAUCAUGCUGCUGCAGAGUGAUUGUCAACUGUGUUAUGGACUUAAUCAAGAGGCUUUUGUGUAAUAAAGAGU